AUGUUCAAGCUGAAUGCCCGUGGAUGUAUCGACCUCAUGGUGGUCGUGUAUGGCAAGCGGGAGAAAUCGGCCAGCUGGCUCGUGCCUGGCCAGAUGAACACUUGCCAGCCAACGAGGCAAGGAAUGGACGGUCGUGUGACGUCAUCAUUUCGACGCCCUUCGUCCGCGACUCGAGUCGUUGAAGUCACAUGCCCGACGUCGGUACCAGGUAAACCCGUCCAACGCCCAGCAGCGAGUCAAAAGCGGUUCCCGUCUCAAAUCUUCCAGGCCACCGCCACGUCGACGAACUCUCUUGCUCGAGAUGAGGCUGAUGAUCCAACGGGUCCCGUGACGCGUUCAACUCCAGCAAAACGGCUUUGUCCUCCAACGACACUUGUUUCCGUGGCCGUUGACGAUUGGCAGUUUGCCGAGCCUUCUACAGCCAAACCAGUCGUUCGACGACCGACGGCAACGGACGCCGAGACUACGACGACGACCGCGAGCUCCCUGCGCCACCUCCACGAGUGGCCGGACGGGUCCACGCAUCGGUUGCCAAAGAACUUUCAAUUCCCAAAACUGUCUUGCGAUGACUUGUGGGAACGGUGGCUCCGUGGUUGGCCCGAAAUGAGCAUUGGACCGUACCGGCAUCUGACUCUAGACGACGCGUGUGGUAUGAAGAACCACGAGAGCCUCAAGCGGGCGCAGCACGUCAUGACCAUGUUGACGGACGCGGCCGUGUCGGCUGGUUUGGUGGUGUCCUCCGCCUCUCUAGCGCUCCUCCGUACAUCCGAACUGCAAUCUGUCUUUGCCGCACCGUUCUGGAAGCUACCGUUGGCAUGA